UUUCCUGGCUUUUUUAUGAUUUUGAUAUUUUCCUGGCACGGUAAAUAUCAAAAUCGUAAAAAAGCCAAGAAAACGUCAGAUAUUUCGGACUAAGUAAGUGACAGAGUGGAGCCGAUUGAAUUUUAAAACAUACUGAUAAUGUCUGAGGAGUACAGGGAAUUCUGUCAGAUCUAAGUAAUGUCUAAGGAGUCGGGGGAAGUAGGAGAAAAUUCGUCAGAGCAUACCAGUAAAGCACUUCAUGAGACCGCCCUAUACCACGAUGUGAAGCUGUCACAGUGGCCCAUCAUCUACUCGGAAGAGUACAACAUCAGCUUCCUGGGACUGGAGAAACUCCACCCCUUUGAUGCUGGAAAAUGGGGGAAGGUGUUUGCCUUCUUGAAAGAUGCAAAAUUGCUUCGGGAUGACACAACAGUACGGGCCACGGAGGCCACAGACGGGGAUCUCAAAGUAGUCCACACCCAGGAUUACAUUAACAACCUAAAGCUGUCGUCUAUUAUAGAGGGCUUGACGGAGUGGAGCUUCAAUGUUGCUCAGAUUACAGAGGUCCCGCCCGUCGCGUUCCUACCGAAUUUCAUCGUCCAGAGGAAGGUGCUACGUCCAUUCAGGUUCCAGACAGGGGGCACAAUUCUGGCAGGUAAACUGGCCAAGGAGAGGGGGUGGGCCAUCAACAUAGGAGGAGGAUUCCACCACUGCUCAGCUGACCGGGGAGGAGGCUUCUGUGCCUAUGCUGACAUCACACUGUCCAUCAGGUUCAUGUUUGACCGCCUGGAGGGGAUAGCUAAAAUUCUAAUUAUAGACCUAGAUGCUCAUCAGGGUAAUGGUCAUGAGAGAGAUUUCAUGGAUGAUGAUCGAGUAUACAUAAUGGACGUAUACAACAGAGGAAUUUACCCCCAUGAUGGCUACGCAAAACGAGCUAUAAAAAGAAAAGUGGAGCUUCAACAUUUUACUAAUGAUGAGCACUACCUAGCACUUGUAGACAGACACACCAGCGAGGCCUUGAAGGAGUUCCAGCCAGACGCUGUGGUAUACAACGCUGGAACAGACAUCCUGGAGGGAGACCCCCUAGGGAACCUCUCAGUCACACCUCAGGGAAUUAUUGAAAGAGACAGAAUUGUGUUCAGUCAUGUGCGUCAUCAGAAUAUCCCCAUCCUGAUGGUGACCAGCGGGGGCUAUCAACGAAGCACAGCGCGCAUCAUUGCCGACUCCAUCCUGAACCUGAAACAGAAUGGUCUGAUUGGCUGCGAGGAGGCAGAACACGCCCCCUUACCUAGGAUGACUAUUCCUAGGAGUCAGAGUGAAGGAUUUCUGGCCAGACUGAAGAGGACCUGUCAAUCACAGCCAGAGACCAAUCAGAAGGAGGCUGAGGGUGGCUUAUCAUUGGCCAAUCACAAGGAGGCUGAUGGAGGCUUGUCAUUGGCUGAAUUUUAGUUCACAAACCAGAGUCCUCAACAUACUGUGAUAUCAAUUAUGAACAAUGAAUAUAAAUGUUUAGAUAGUGUAUUUUUAUUUUUUGUUUUCCCAGGCUUGUGUGCAACUCAUGAAACCAGUGCCGAGAAUUUAACACAGAUUACAUAUAUAGAUAUAUAUUGUAUAUAAUAUAUCAUCUUAUUGUCAAAACCUUUGAGUUGCAUCUUUGUUUAUAUAAUUCAUACCAUGAACAAUGUGUGUACUGUUGAGAGAGUGAGAUAUGUCCAGGGGUUCGUGUUAGCCCCGCUCAUGAUUCUUUAAUAGGAUUUACUAGAUUGAUCACUGUUCGUUAUCUUCACACAUUCCUUUUCGUUAUUUCUGAAAUAAUUGACACAUUUUCUGUUUUCUUGGUAUGUAACUGUGUAUAUAAUUGACCUGUAAUUAAUAUACCUAUACUAUUAUUAACGUGGUACCUAUAUAAGGGUGAUGACCACAGUGAGUACAGACAGACGGUCUACAAAGUAUAGCUGUGCUGAAUACACAAAGAAUUAGAAAUGUAUCUUGUAAAGCAGAAUUAUACUGCAUUGGAUUUACCCCCCCCCCCCUUUUUUUUUUUUACCUAUUUCAGACGUGUCCAGUGUUUUAAAACAUGUCUUUAUAAAUAAAAAUUAUAAUUUUCGGCUGUAUACAUAACCAUAAUUAUUAAAAGAAUAUACACAGAUUUACGUACAAAACGCGGUACAGUGAACUUCUACACUGAACUUGUACCCAUCAAAUAAAGAAAAUUAUUUGCAUACUUUCUUCUAAAUUGCAUUCUAAAAUGAUCCGUUGAGGUCCAAAACUUAUAAAGUUUUAGUUGCACACACAUAAUCCUCCCUGACAGCCAACAUACACCAGCUUGAGUUUUUUAGUUGUUUUUUUUAAGAAUUAGCACAGUAUGUAUUUUAAUGCAUUGAGCAUAUAGCUGAAUUGUUAGUAUGUUUACGGUAAAACUGUUGAUUUGGGGACCAAACUAUGCUGGUACCACCAGUAUUUUUACAUUGACAGUUUGAAAUUGUGGAUGAGUAGUCUGUGGGGUUAAUUUUUUAGAAAUCACUUUACUGUACAUUUUCAGUAAUAAAUGAGAAGAACAUA